AAAGCCAUCAAUACCGCGGCCGGUAGCUUUCCAGAUUGGCCAACAAAAUGCAACAGCAAAAGGAUGGUUCAUUGCUGAAUGGUACACAAGAGAAAGUAUCUUAGGCGGUGUAGAAACUGCUCCAGCAACAUCAGCCGUCAAACCGCGCCUUUGCAAACAGCCCCCGACAGAUCGAACUCAGCCAUUCUUUUUUAACACCAAAAGACACCGUACGGGUACUAGUACCAUGGUACUCCUUGCGCCUGCAAACAUACCGUAGCAGCUACCGUAGCCAUGGUUCAGGACAGGAAUGAUGAAUCGAAUCGAAUCAUGCAAACGGUUCCAACAGCUGUUCCAACACAGGCAGAGCAAACACGCAACCACCGCCGCGCCACACCAACAUGGUUCGGUUUGUUUGGGACAGAUGCGUUGGCAAAAUACCUUCAACCCUAAGCCAAGUACGGUACGGUACUCCGCGAUCCAGUCAGCACAGCCGCUUGUGGCUGCGAAAGAAGGCGCCAAGGCACCAUGGACAGCCACAAAAUGUUCUGACGCCAAGAAAUGAAGGUUAUUAGGAACCCUUUUGGCCAUCAGCUAGCUAACACCCGAAAACGAUACCAACAAAAAGAAUGCUAAUACGAGCAAGAUCUAUUAGCUGUAUCAGAGUGGAAGCUACCCAAAAACUAACUGAACAAUGGCUCCAGAAGAGCAUGUCGAAGAAGUGGAUGAAAAUGAAGACGAUGAUGUCUCGGCGUGGGAUGUAGCAACGUCGCCAAUGCUCACCUGCUUUCAUUCCCCUAGUCCUGCGAGAAAUCAUGCCAUAAAAACCGUUCGACAACGAUCCUUGUCGGUGGGAGAUGCGUCAGAUGUCGAUCCAGAGCGUAUGGAACUACAAAUUCCAGAUCUGAUAGAGAACUUGCCCCAAAGACCCCAGGAAACUACUCCAUUGGUCGGUCGAAGAAGAAGCGGGAGCAGCCCGCACGAGACCACUUCGUUUUCUCUUUGCGUUCUCUACGGUGUUAUCAAUGCAACAAUCGUUUUGCCUGUUUUAAUGUCUUUUGGGUCCAUUAUAUACCGAGACGAAGCCUUUCGACCCUACUUGAAUGUCUUAAUCAAAUUGACCGUUGUGUCUGGGGUCGUGCAUCAAAUAUGUUUCUCUGCAUUAUCGACCCUCCCCUUUGCUGUGGGUCAAGUCCAAGAUGCCGGUUUGAUUUUUCUGUCCAGCAUGGCGGGAAUGUUGGUACAAAGCUGUCGCCAAAGAGGUGCCGACGAUGAAACACUGUUGGCCACGACAACGGUCGGGUUAUCGCUAGCUACAGCACUGCUGGGGUUGGCUUUGGUGGUCAUUGGAAAAGUCAAAUUGGCACAAUGGGUACAGUUGCUGCCAACCUGUGUGGUGGGAGGUUAUCUUGCCUACAUUGGAUACUUUUGUGGCAUGUCGGGGGUAGGGAUCAUGGCAGGAACCUCCCAGGUAACUUGGGAAGUGUUUUCGCAAGAAUUCAUAUACAUUGCUCCGGGCAUGUUGGGUGGUCUUUUCAUUUAUAUCCUUGUGAGAACUUUGAGACACAUGGCUGUCCUACCAACUUGCAUUAUCUUUUUAUUUUGCUUGUUCUACUUGGUCUUGUGGCUGAGUGGCUUGUCCGUGGAACAAGCCACAGAUGAGGGGUGGAUUGCCAAGACGGAGCCGCCUCCUGUGUGGUACCAUUCCUGGGACUACUUGAAAUUGGACAAGGUCUUGUGGUCUACUUUCCCUCAGUUGAUCCUAACCGAAAUUGGCAUGAUCUUUGUGGUGGCACUGUCGAGCUCUCUGGAUAUUGCAGCCAUUGAACUGGAACUCAAGCAGCCCCUGGACUACAAUAGCGAACUGACAAUGAUUGGCUUUAGCAAUUUCAUUUCGGGAAUGACGGGAGGAUACACUGGAAGUUACAUCUUCAGUCAAAGCAUUUUCUCACUGCGAGCAGGGAUUCGGUCUCGUGUGGCUGGAUUUGUUUUGGCCGGGUGUGAGAUACUAUUCCUCGUGGCACCCUUUUCUAUAUUGGCCUAUGUUCCCAACUUCUUUUUCGGGUCUCUUCUGUCCUUGAUCUGUGUGGACCUGGUCUUUGAAUGGCUCAUCGAUUCGAGGAAGAAAAUGGGGCAUGCAGAGUACAUUUUGUGCCUGGCAACAUUUGUGCUAAUUCUGAUUGUGGGUGUUGAAUAUGGCAUCGUUUUGGGUGUGGUCCUGUACGUCAUUUGCAAAAAUAUGGGAGUCAACUUGACAAAUGCUUCCAAUGAGGGCAACCAAACCCAGCCAAGUUGAGCGAGCAAUCAACUGUCUCUUCUGCAAGUCACCCCCAUGGCCGAUGCAUGAUUUCGAUGAAGGGUGGCAUGAAGGAAACCAGGGUUACAGUGUACCCAUUUCAAAAAUUUAAAUCCAGCUACUCAUACAUGAUAGAAAUCCUAGAGACAACUACCGAUACAGUGUACAUGUAUUUCAAACCAUACCGGUACCAGGUACCGGUAGCUAGCUAAAUCUAUCGGUUCGUCACAAUCCCACAAAAGAUUUUUGAAUGGACGUGUUCCGGAAAGGAGCACGCAGUGGGCAGCUCUGUUUCCACUUGCACUCUCUUUCUUCUAAGCAAUUGUUGGAGAUGCAGCGUGAAGCUGCUCAACGGAGAGCGGCUAAUAACAGAGAACAGCCUGUGGCAUGGGGUUGAUCAGUUUUGCAUCGCUGGGUAGCCGUUGGGGGUGUUUCAAAAUGCGGCA